GUUGCCCCGUCCACAUUUCACAUGUCCCGUUCCUGUCGCUCUCAGUCUCAGCAAAGGGCUCAAUCACUGUCCGCCUCGGCUAAGGCAGCCUUGCAACCUCGCAUCUGCAGCCACUCUAAUUGCCAGGAUGCGUCCGUCAGGACGGCUACUCCUACAAGAUUACCCUAAUCUCCACCCACUGCACUGCCGCCAAGUGAAGCAUUGGACGAGGGAGAGGCGUACGCUCCCAAGCUCCUCUCUCCAUGGCCUCCUCCGGCGGGCACACGGUGCCCCUGCUCGCCCGACUUCCAGCCGAGGCGGCGGAGGCGUACACCACCGACGGGACCCUUGACUUCGACGGGAACCCGGCGCUCAAGAAUCGCACGGGCGGAUGGCGCGCGUGCCGCGCAGUUCUCGGAACCGAGUUCUGCUACUGCCUAGCGUUCUACGGCAUCUCCUACAACCUCGUCACGUACCUCACCGGCGUCCUGGGCCAGAGCAACGUCGCCGCGGCGAGGAACGUGUCCACCUGGCAGGCCACCUGCUUCCUCAUGCCCCUCGGCGGCGCCGUCGUCGCCGACUCCUACUGCGGAAGGUACCGCACCAUGGUCGUCUCCUGCUUCAUCGGCGUCGCAGGCAUGCUCACGACAGCAUUCUCGGCGUACCUCCCGCUGCUCGUCGAGAACGGCGUGUCGUUCAGAGGCCUCACCUCGUCCAACAUGGUGUCGGUUCAGGAGUUCGUCUUGUUUCUCGGCCUCUACAUGAUUGCCGUCGGGCUGGGCGGACUCCGGCCGUGCCUGAUGUCCUUCGGCGCCGACCAGUUCGACGACGGCGAUCCAUCGGAGCGCGUGACGAAGGGUUCCUUCUUCAACUGGUACGUGUUCAACAUGAGCUGCGCGUCGCUGAUAUCCAGCACCGCAAUCGUGUGGGUGCAGGAUCAUUACGGCUGGGCGCUGGGCCUGACCGUCCCGGCUGUCGUCCUGGCCGUCGGGCUUUCUUGCCUGGUCGCGGCGUCACGAACGUACAGGUUUCAACGAACUCGCGGCAGCCCGCUCACCAGAGUGUGCCAGGUCGUGGUUGCUGCCGUGAGAAAGUGCGGCGUCGAGCUGCCGGCCGACAGCUCUCUGCUCUACGACAUGCCGGAAGACGACCUCGCAAUGAAGGGUGUUGAGAGGAUCGCACACACCACUGAUCUCCGAUUCUUCGAUAAGGCCGCCAUUGUCGUGGCUUCGGACAAGGAUGUGGAGGCGGCAGCCGUGCCGGUGCCGCGCAGCCCGUGGAGGCUCUGCGUCGUGACGCAGGUCGAGGAGCUCAAGAUUCUCGUGCGGAUGCUGCCGCUCUGGGCGACCGUCGUCUUCUUCUAUGCCGUGUCGGUGCAGAUCUCGUCGACAUUCGUCGAGCAAGGCAGGGCGAUGAACGCUACCGUCGGCUCCGUGCACGUCCCGCCCGCGUCCAUGUCCACCUUCGAUAUACUCACCAUCAUCCUCCUGGUCCCUCUCUACGACCGGGUCUUCGUUCCGGCGGCGAGAAGGCUCACCGGGAGGGAGAAGGGUAUCUCGGAGCUGCAGAGGAUCGGCGCCGGCCUCACCAUGCCCGUGCUCGCCAUGGCCGCCGCGGCGCUUCUCGAGACGGUGCGCCUCCGCGCGGCGAAGGCGGCGGGCCUGGCGCCAUGCUCGACGAGCGUGCUGUGGCAGGCGCCGCAGUACGUGCUUGUGGGCGUGGGCGAGGUGCUCACCACCAUCGGGCAGCUCGACUUCUUCUACGGCCAGGCGCCGGCCGCGAUGAAGACCGUGUGCACGGCGCUCGCGCUUCUCGCAGUAGCGGCCGGCGGCUACCUGAGCUCAGUCCUACUGACAGCCGUGCAGUGGGCGACGACGACUGGCGGCGCGCCGGGGUGGAUCCCCGACGACCUGAACGAGGGUCAUCUGGAUCGCUUCUUCUGGAUGAUGUCCGGGCUUGGUUGCCUGAAUCUGAUAGCGUUCGCGAGCUGCGCCAUGAGGUACAAAUCCAGGAAGGGUUGCUGAUUUUUGAGUUGCUUUUCCGUGGGUAGAUUUUUUUUUUCCAGCCCAAGAUAAAGCACGAUUCAUGAGCAAUAGAGAAAUGCCUGCAAAAAGAUCUGCCAUUGCAAUAGUGAACCAUUUCGGGCGUGUUUGGCAGCCGUUCAGGUGCAGCCUGGCUAAUCGGAGGCUGGGUGAGAAAAUACAAGGUAAAAACUAACGUCUGUAAAUUAUUUGGUUGCCCGCA